AUGGGGGCUCUGCUGACCCCCAUUUCCCCAGCACAGAAUUUGGCCAAGGGCUUGUGGUGUGGGCUGAGAGAUUCCUGCUCUGGCAGCCUUUGGAACACAGAGAAGCUGAACUCACAGCACAAGCAGGACAGCGAGAACGAGGAGCUGGAGGAGAUCUCCUCGACCGACCUGCAGUACCUGGUGCUGCCCGCCUUGCUGGGCUCCCUGACGCUGAAACAAGUCGACCUGAGCAAGAGGCUGGAGCACCUGGAGAGCGCCCGGGCCCAUUUCUGGGCCUUUCUGAAGCUCUGCAAGAGCUACGGGCUGGGCAGCUUCCAGCUGCCCCCUGCCAGCCCCAGCCCCCCUGGAGAGGAAGGGGCUGGCAGCCCCCGGGGGUCCCAGGCCAGCCUGGUGGCCAUGGCCUCCAGCAGGCAGGCCAAGAUCGAGAGAUACAAGCAGAAGAAGGAGCUGGAGAACAGGUUGGCCUCCAUGAGAGCCUGCGUGGAGGGCGGGCAAGCGGACGAGGCCCAGGUACGGGAGUUUUACAUCCUGCAAACCCAGAGGUGGAUCAGCACCAGCCUGGAGGAGAUUGAGAGCAUUGACCAAGAAAUGCUCAUCCUGAGGAGCAGAGGGACAGCCAAGCAGCCUCCAGCUCCACCCCACGGUGCUGCUCGGCCGGCCAGGCCUCCACUGAGACCUUUCCUCCUCACCCGGGAUGCUGCCCAGGCCAAAGUGUUUGGUAUGGGGUACCCUGGGCUGCCCACCAUGACAGUGGACGACUGGUACGAGCAGCGCAGGAGGGAAGGGCUGUCUGAGCAGGGCACAGCGCAGAGGGCACCAGCAGAUGUAACUGAUGAAGAGCAGCAAAAGCAGGAGCAGGAGAAAAAAGAAGAGGAGGAUGAUGAGGAAGCUCUUCAGAAAGCUCGGAGCUGGGAUGACUGGAAAGACACACACCCCAGAGGCUACGGCAACCGGCAGAACAUGGGCUGA